AAACAAGCGCUAUUCCAAGCCGCCCAUGAACUACAACAUAUCAUCAACCUCGACACCGUCACCACCGGCCCUGUGACGGCCUUGUCCUUGCCCGUGUGCUACAAGGCGGUCGAUGCUGUGUGGGCUAGCAUGAAGCUCAGGCCUCUCAUAGCCCUGCAGGUGUUAGCGGGGGCGCAGGUAUACGCCAUGUGGUCGUAUCUGAACUUGUACAUGGAGCGGUAUAAGGAGAAGCGUGCGGAUGAGGGGGCGGCACGGUACUCUAAGGCAAUGGCCCAGGCGGGUAUCGAGCGCUUCGAGCGCGUGCAAGCACUAAACAUACAGCAGCGUCAACGCAUCAGAGACGCUCAGUGUCCUCAGGUGACGGAUGAGAACAGGAUCACGAGCAUCACCACAUUCGAUGAAUGGGGCAACGACACUCGCGACACCACACACGCCCCGUUAGACGAGAGGAUAGAUGUGAUACGCGCGAUUAUGACGGCGUGAGUGUGAGUGUGAGUGUGUUUGAGCGUGAGUGUGUGAGUGCGUGUGGAGGGGGUUGAUGUGUAGCAAUCCCUUCGCAUCCGAUGGAAGGGCGAGGGAGAGACCAUCUCGUUCGAUGAGUAGAGCAACGAUACACAGACACCGUACACUCACCGUUGACCGAGAGGAUAGACAUGUGUUGGGAUUUUGUGUGAGAGGGAUCAUUCACAAGCGGAACUGUAUAGUUGACAGCUGACGUGCGAGAAGAAGGGCAAAAGUGGCCCAAUAAUUGUUAAUGGAUAAAGAUGGGGAACCACACCUAAGACAAUGGACAUGCACCCCUGGACGAGAGGAGGGACCUACUUUGUCCUAUUGUAAGACAACAGCAAUGCGUGAGAGUAUGGAUGUAUAAGACACUUUAUGUUCGAUGAGAAGGGCAAAGGUGACCCCAUAAUUAAUGGUCAAUGGUUGUAGAUGGGGGACGACACCUAAGGCAAUGGGCAUGCACCCCUGGACGAGAGGAGG